AUGGUUUUCAAUGAUAGUGACGAAAAAGACACUGCCCCACUUGUAGCCUCUCGGUACAAAAGAAUCAUCACUAAGGACGGGCACAGCAAUCUCAAGAUAGAGGCUCUCAGUGGAAAAAGUAUCAUACAUCUAAAAGAUAUCUGGUCAAUCUUAGUGGAAAUGAGAUGGCGUUGGAUGUUACUGACAUUCUCAGGAGCUUUUGUUGCACAUUGGCUCUUCUUUGCCUGCUUUUGGUACUUACUGGCAUAUACAAACGGUGAUUUAGAUUUGCUCGAUCAUAACAACCCUCCAGAAAACCAUACCAUCUGUGUGAAAUAUAUCGACAGCUUCACAGCAGCCUUUUCGUUCUCACUGGAAACUCAGCUUACAAUUGGUUAUGGAACCAUGUACCCUGAUGGUGAUUGCCCAGCUGCCAUUGCUCUCCUCACUGUCCAAAUGUUGCUGGGACUUAUGGCGGAAGCUUUAAUUACAGGUGCCUUUGUGGCAAAGAUUGCCAGACCAAAGCUUAGAGCGACUGCAAUUAAAUUCAGUUACUUUGCUACUGUUGGACACCGUGAAGGGGAGCCUUGCCUGAUGUUUAGAGUAGCCAACAUAAGGCAAAGUCCAUUAACACGUGUUAAAGUAACUGCCAUUCUAUACCAAGAGUACAAAAACCAACAUCUUCAUCAGACGAACCUCGACUUUCACAUCGACAACAUGAACUCGAACAAGAGUCCAUACCUUGUCUUUCCACUUAUGUUCUGCCAUACCAUCGAUCAAAACAGCCCUCUUUAUCCACUGAUUCAAGGGAAGAUGCCAGCCUACUACGAGAUAGUAAUAUUUUUGUCAGCAGAACAGGAAGAUACAGGAGAGACUUGCCAAAAGAGAACCUCCUAUAUUCCAGAGGAAAUCAAACUCAGUCAACAGUUUGCCUCUGUGAUAAGCUGCACUUCCAAAGGAUACUACAAAAUUAUCAUGGCAAACUAUGACAAGACAGUUCCUGGAUUUCCUGUGCUACUUAAUCCAAAGGAUGCGAGACAGAAUGAUUUUGUCAUCAGCAUUAAUGGUGAUCAUGCUGACACUAUAUUAUUCAGAGACAGUGCUAUCUGA